AGAUGUGGUAUGAUGAUCAAAAAAAAAAAUUUUUUUUUAAUAAUUUUGUCCAACUUCAACUGUUCAACUAUCCAACUGUUCAACGACUCUUACUUUUCAACUGUCUUAUUUUUCAACUGUCUUACUUUUCAACUGUUUUACUUUUCAACUGUCUUACUUUACAACUGGUUUACUUUCCAAAUGUCCAACUGUCGACUUGUGAUUGAGAUCGAAGGUACAUAUUGUACGUGCG